ACUCAUCCUCUUGGGAAUCAAACACGCCGCCAGGAAAUACACAGUGAUUCAGAGCAUAGGAAGUGCGUUCAGUUCGUUUAAUCAGAAGUAACUGCAAGGGAAGGUGAGGGUAUUCAAAACGUGAAGCAUCAGCUGGCCAGUUAUCGAUAGCACCGACUAGGACAUCGAUAACGCCGUGUUACCUAAACAUGUCCAAGCUUUUGCCCAAAAUCCGCUCCUCUUCGAGCUUAAUCCUGCUGGCGAAGGAUUCAUCAACAAAGGCGAAGCCAUUCGACUACAAUGCCCUGCUCCUUACACGAACACAAAAGUCGAGCUUUAUGCCGGAAUCGUCGGUGUUCCCGGGAGGAGUUUGCGAUGCCACGGACAGUUCUCCGGCCUGGUUGGAUCACUUCCGGCGUAACAAUCUUAGUGCCGCCAAGCUGCAAGAAGUAGGUCAGGUGAAUGGACCCAGACCUGAAAUUUUCCUCAACAAGCUAGAUAAGGAAGCUAUAGAUCCAUCGCUGGCUCUGCGUCUAACUGCCAUACGAGAGACCUUCGAGGAGUUGGGCAUACUGCUGUGUAGGGACAGCAAAUCGUUGACCUCCACCAGUGGCUAUGGACAGUUCCAUGAACAGUUUGAUCGCGUCCACUGGCAGCACAUUGUCCAUAACGAUGCCAGACAGUUUCUAGAGCUCUGCAAGCAGCUGGAGGUGUUUCCGGACGUUUGGUCACUCAACGAAUGGUCUGUCUGGCGUACACCGUCCACAUUCAAGAAGCGUUUUGAAACAGCUUUCUUUGUAACCGCUUUGAAGCAGGAACCCAGUGUUCACAUUGAACCCAAUGAGGUCAAGGAUUGCGCGUGGCGCUCCCCAUUGGAUUAUUUACAAGCUUGCCAAAAAGAGCUUUGGUUGCCGCCACCUCAAUUCUAUGAACUUUCUCGUUGCCUCAACUUCUCCUCCUUGGAGAGUCUGCGACAAUUUGCCGCAGAGCGUGAGGUCAAGGGCAUCGAACUGAUUCAUCCCGUGAUGUACAAGUGCAAAAAUGGAACUGUGCAUCUCCUGCCAGGAGACAACGCCUAUCCCGCCGAUCCAGAUGCCAGUAGCGACAAAAUCGAGACUGGCUUAUCAGUCGAGGAAUUUCGCUCGAAGGCUAGUGACAAAAUACAUAGAUCGGAGCACUGGAACCAGCAUCAAUCACAGCUUCUUAUAAACUUUAACAGGAUCGACGGUCAAGUGCAUCCCGUGGACCCAAAAAAACUAUAAACUUGGAAACAGAUUCCUUGAUAUAAUGUGCAUUUAUCUAGAUUUAAUGUGAGAUAAUUGUUUUUCCAUAAUUUUUUUUUUUUUUUUU